AUGGCUCCAUCCGAUCUUUGUUGCACACCCUUGGAGGCAGAUCGACCAUGUCGAGUCCAGCUGCAAAACGACGAUAAUGAAGUGCCCUGCGAGAAGCGACAACACACCCAAUCCGGACCAGAACAGUCUUACAAGAGACAACAACGACAACAACAGUCCCCUUCGGCAAUACUCGCAGCUGGACCUUCACCGCUUAGCCCGCAAGAUCUCGCCCUGCUCAUCCAGAGACUCAAGGAACCCAGGGAAUUCUGCGACUCGCUCGAAACGCUCACGAGAGUCGCCACUGCAGGUCCGGGAGAUGACUGUGCAGGUGAUUCCUUCUCGGAGGGUCAGCCCAGUGCGGCGAAGGAGACUGAAGGGCAAUGGAAAGCCGAGAGCGAAGAAGAGCGCGACUCUGUAGCUGAGGACAUUAUUGCGCUAUGCAACGCAGAUGCCCUCCACAGCAGAGACAUGAGCAAGCUUAGAAGUCAAAACCCGGGCGAUUACCGUGACUUCCUUGCUUGGGAAACAGAUCGAGUGGAGAUGCGGGCCCCACCACCCCUAAAAACUAAAAAGGAUGUAAAACUGAAAUGUGGCUGCAAACCAGCUGGUGUCGUGGGCUGUUAG